GGACAGAGUGAUAUGGUAAUGUUCUUCUAAAUCUAAGAACAUUUCAAGAUUACCUGUGUCAGAUAUAUGUAUAUACAGGUAUAUAUAUCUGACACUCGUCCUAACUCAUCAUCAUUGUUCAUAUCAAUCCAGAUAAGGUUUGCAUUGCAAGGUUUUUUUUUGUGAACCUCGUGGAAAUCCAGUCCUAGAGCAAAUUUCUGGAAAAAAUGACUGCAACUGUAAAUCCAUUUCCCAGAGUACAAAGGAAUUUGAAAGGGUUUAUAAGAGUGCUCAAGUUUGCUGCUUGUGAAUGGAUGCUAAUCUUUUUAUUGUUCAUUGAUGCUGCCUUCUCUUACAUGGUCACAAGUUUUGCACAAUACUGUGAAUUGCAAAUUCCUUGCAUUCUAUGCUCACGGCUUGAUCAUGUUUUCGGCAAUGCAAAAGAUGGAUUCUAUCGGACUCUGUUUUGCCGAAGUCAUAGAUCAGAGAUUUCAUUCUUGCUUUCCUGCAACAUCCAUGACAAGCUCGUCGAUAGCAGUGGCAUGUGCGAUGAAUGUCUCGCGUCGCAUGUCGAGGGAAAUGAAUCAAACUCCGAUAUGAAGAGACUCGUUUCAGGAAAAUUGGGUUAUGAUGGAAAUUGUUGUUCUCAAGUAGAUGAGGAUCCUACAUCUGCCUACAAAUUCACACGGUUGUGCCUAUGCUGUAAUAAACCAUGGAUUCCAAGACCAAGUUCCAAUAGAUCACUUCUCCUGAAAUCGUCCACGUCGGUUUCGAAGCCCAGCAUUCCUUUGCCUCGUAGCUUAAGUCCUAUAAAUGACUUGAAGAAGAUGAACGACACGGUUCCUGGGAAAACUGGAUUUGAGCACUUGUCUCACGUAGGAGAACCUGAGGUGAAGAUCAGUUCUGAAUCUGAAUCCGCGUUCCCGGCUACUGAUAACGAUACUGGCGGUAGCAUAAUUCGUAAUAUAAACGAGAACAAAAAAGAACAGGCUGAUGAUCCUAAUGAAUCUCAUGAUCUUAGAUGCUUGGCUCCAGAGAAUGAGAAUGUGGUCAGUGAGCAUAAAGUGAAGGCUAAUUUUAAUGAACUACCUGAGCUUAUUUCUCUAGAUAAUUAUCCUCCUACAUCCUGUCUAAUGGAAGUUCCAAGUUUCAGUGCCUCAUUAUUAGCAGCUGAUCUUAUUCCUCUGGUUGAUACUUCUAAUUCAGUUAAUGCUAAGGAUGUUCCUCUUGAACCGGAGAAUGAAAAUGUUUCUGUCAAUAAGAAUGAUGAAAUCUUGAAGUUGAUAAGUACAACAACCGGAGCUCGUUUCGAAGCCGAUCAAGUUGCGGAUGAUACUGCCAUGCUAAAUUCGACCGAUGGAGAUCCUAGUGAACCUGAGUUUGUUACAAAACAUAUGCUAACAAACAAUAAUGAGGUUCAUGAAGAUCAUAAGUCAUUGCCGGUGGAGACUAUUUUUGAACCGAGUAAAACUGAGAGUGAUGAAAUCUCUAAGUUGAUAAGCUCGUCAACUCAAACUGUUUUCGGAACUGACCGACUUGGAGAUGAUACCGCCAUCGUAAAUUCAACCGAUGGGGAUCGGAUUGCGGUGCAGGAGCUACCAGUCUGUGGUGAAGAAAAAAGUGCAUCCGAGUUUGUUACUGAACCUACGAAUGGAGUUAAUGGAGAAGUUCAGUCAUUGUCGGGGCAGAGCACUUCUAGAGAAGGGAUUCAUUUAUCAUUGAACAAUUUAAGUCCUGAGUUACAAGAUCGUGCAGUUGAAUUGCUAAGAUCUGAAUCCAACUCCGAAGAGGUUCGGAAUCUUCAGAACCUGUUCUUUGAAGCAAUAAAUGACUCACCUGGCCUCAAAUAUUUCGAAGAAAGCAGCGUCAUCGAAGGCGAAAAUCCACUUGAUACGCUGAAACAAGAAGUUGACAAUUACAGGAACUACAUAAAUGCAUUAUCCAAGGAGCUAGAUGAAGAAAGGAAUGCUUCUGCAAUUGCUGCAAAUCAGGCAAUGGCGAUGAUCACAAGGUUGCAAGAAGAAAAAGCAGCACUCCGUAUGGAAGCCCUGCAGUACCUAAGGAUGAUGGAAGAGCAAGCCGAAUACGAUGUUGACGCCUUGGAGAAAGCUAACGAUCUUCUGACUGAAAAAGAGAAAGAAGUACAAGAUUUGGAAGCAGAGCUUGAAUAUUACAAAUAUAACUUCCCUGAUGAAACAUCGGAAGAGACCAAACCCGAGGCGAACAUCAACUUAGACAAGGAAUAUGUUUCUAUGGAGAACAACACAAGCACAUGUUCCAAGCAAGAUGAUAUGAAAUAUCCCUUGGAAACAAUGUUGCCCGAGGCUAGUACCGUCGUCGACGAUCAUCCCGUAGUCAUAACCGCCUGGUCGGAAAUCGAAGACGAGAAGUCGUACAUCUCUCAGUGGCUACAAAAGUUGGAGAAGAAACUUAACAUGCUUGCUCAGUAUGGGACUUCAUCACCACAAAACUCUGAUGGAGGCCGAGAGGAAAAGGAUCACACACCAGUACAGGAAGCUUCAUCAAUGGCUAAUGGAACCGGUGUUUCCCAAGAAACUUCAAUAAGCAAAGAUGAAGAAGAAAAUUGUGAUACGGUUUCCAAUGGGCAGGAAGGUUCUGAAGAUUGGGGAGAAAUUAGCUUAGAUGCUCUUGAAAACGAAAUUGCAGAACUUAAUGAGAGGUUGGAAGCACUUGAAACUGACUGUAGUUUUCUUCACCGUUCUCUAAAUGCUCUCAAAAAUGGAAAAAAGGGGCUGCUAUUAAUUCAAGAGAUACUUCAUCUUUUACGAGAAGUAAAGAAAUUUGGGUUAAAGACCAUGAACCUGUCUGUUUUAUGAGCUCAAUGUGGACAGACUGCGUAUCAUCAUUACAGAAGAUGUGUCCCAAAUUGAGGGUAACUGACCAGAAGCAGAAGCGAAGCAUCUCAGCAUGAGAUAUGAAGCAAACAUUGCAGAACACAAAACUGGUUAUCUCUCAGCUUAUAAAGAAAAUGGGAGUUAUCAAAGAAAGGAACCACCUCAGGAGAUCGGUCAUGAGAGUAAUCACUUACCAUUGUUUUUUUUUUUUUUUGACAAAUACUUACGAUUGUUUUCUUUCUUCUCUCUUGGUGGGUUUUUUCCUUUUUACUGGUUGCCACUUGGGAAGAGGGUUACAUUUGUGGUCUUUUUUUUUCCUGAAACACUGCUUUAUCAAGUUGUAAACUGAGGAGAUUCUUUUAUUCAUAUUUAUUUCUACUUUUCUUGAAUUUUUUA